AUGGAGAACAUCAAAUCUAUUGAUACUCAUGCUUAUGAUUACCUUAUAGACAGAGAUCCUACUACCUGGUCUAAGGCAUUCUUUCAAGAAGGAAGAGACUGUGAUGCAGUGGAGAAUGGGGUCAGUGAGAGUUUCAAUUCUGCUAUUAGGCAUGCUAGAAGGAGACCUAUAAUCACUAUGCUGGAGGAGAUUAGGUUAUUUGUGAUGGAAAGGAUAUACACUCAAAGAGUUGAAGGAAUGGAAUGGGAUUUGCUUAUAUGUCCAACUAUUAGGAAGCGUAUAGAACAUCUGAAGGUUAAACAGAGAUUGUGGGGAGUUACUCCUUGUGGUUAUCAAAAGUAUGAGGUUAGAUUCACUGAUGUUGCAUAUGGAGUGGAUCUAAUUGCAAAGAAGUGUGCCUGUAGAAUAUGGCAACUUACAGGGAUACCAUGCUUACAUGGAGUGGCAGCAAUAUCUUACUUAAAUCAUGAUGCUGAGGCAUAUGUGUCCCAAUCAUACACUACUGAGGCUUACCUAAAAUGCUACAAAUAUAGCAUUAAUCCUCUCAAUAGUAGUGAAAUGUGGCCAGAUGUUCCAUACCAUAAGCCUUUGCCUCCCAAAAGAAGAAGAUUACCUGGUAGGCCAUCUGUGAAAAGGAAGAGGGAUGCAAUUGAACGAGAGUUGAGUGGAUCAAGUAGACAAACUGUCUCAAGAAGGGGUAGCAUAAUAAAGUGUGGUAUUUGUAAGGAACCAGGUCACAACAAGAAAAAGUGUCCAUCUAACCAACAAAGCAAUACAUCAGUACCAAGUUCAUCCAGGGGCAGUGGAGCAGACCCAAGUUUAUCUAGGGGCAAUGAAGGACCACCACCUCCUCCACCACCACCUGCAGCCCAACAACCUCCUCCACCACCACCUGCAGCCCCCAUGCCAAGAAGAAGGGUCCCAGUUAGUAGAAGUGGAAGGAGGAAAUAUUCUGAACGGAUUAUCAAACAAGCAUUAAGGAGGCAGAUACCUGGGGUUGGGAGCAAUGCAGAUAACCCUUCAGUUAUUGAUUAAUUUAGGGGAUAAUAGUGGGUGGGUAGGAAUAUCUUUUGUAAGGCAGUUGUGAUGUAAAGACAAAGUAGUAGUCUUUUUAUUAUGCUUUUCUAUGGUACUAUCAAGUAGGUGUAUGGGCACAUGGUGGCCCUUCUUUUGUCUAUGCAGGAAUCUUUUGUGUUACCUAGAAACUACUUUUGUGUAUGCAGACAAAAACUUAUAUAACUGUAGAAUAUUAAUGGCGUAUUACAAUGAAUCCAACCACCACAUUCACUUA